CCCUUCUAUCUUUCCCACACAAAUUCAAAUCAAAAUCUCAGAACCCUAAUUUCCAAAAUCUCUUCAGUUUCUAAAAUUUUCUCGCGAAAAUGUCAGGUCGUGGAAAGGGUGGUAAGGGACUCGGAAAGGGAGGUGCAAAGAGACACAGAAAGGUUCUUCGUGACAACAUCCAAGGAAUCACAAAGCCUGCGAUUCGACGAUUGGCUCGAAGAGGUGGUGUUAAGAGAAUCAGUGGUUUGAUCUAUGAAGAAACAAGAGGAGUUUUGAAGAUCUUCUUGGAGAAUGUGAUUCGUGAUGCAGUUACAUACACAGAGCAUGCAAGGAGGAAGACUGUAACCGCCAUGGAUGUUGUUUAUGCUCUUAAGAGACAAGGAAGAACCCUCUAUGGAUUCGGAGGUUAAAGAAGAUGAAGCACUUUUCUUCUUGUGUUAUGGUUUAACUGUGUAAUUUGAACAUGUAAUUGUUCUUUAUAAUGUUUAAUUUUGAUUUUACUUGUUUACUAGAUCUGUUCCUUUGUAAGUUUUAACAAGAUUUAAAUCUUUUCUUGUGAAUUAUGAUUCUAGUUUGUACCUUUU